GGUAUAUCUUCAGCCAGCACACAGACACAGACACACCCAGACAGUUGGGUAUAUCUUCAGCCAGCUAUGAUGUUUGUGUUGGACUCUGGACCAGCUGCAGAUUGAAGUCUAAGGAGGAGCAACACGGUUUUUCAGUCCGUCAGCAUGGCACUCGUCUUCCUCCUCCUCUUCCUCCCCCUCUCUCACCACUCCAAUGCCAUGACUGGUUGCCAUAGUGACCGUGACAAAGACCACCGCCCCCGGGUCAACUGCACGGCAACCAACCUUAGUGACGUCCCCGCCAGCAUCGACACGACAACCAAGGUGCUGAUCUUCACCCAGAACCAGUUCUCCAGUCUAACCUGGUCCUCCUAUAGUCACUUCCCAGAGCUCUAUGAAAUAGAUCUGAGCCACAACGCAGUUCCACAAGUUCCCCUGUCCCCCGGCCCGAUUCUCCCCACUCUAGGGGUUCUACGCCUGGUAGGGAACCGCAUUAGAACCCUGCCCCCUCACUCCUUCAGGGCCACGCCGGGCCUGCUAGAACUCUAUCUGGACCAGAACAUUCUGGAGACACUAGACGACCUGUCCUUCUCUGGGCUCAGGCUGCUACAGAUCCUGGAACUUUCUCAGAACCGUAUCUCUGUUCUGCCCCCUCUGAUGUUUCGCUCCCUCCCGGCCAUCGAAACCUUGGUUCUAGAGCAGAACCACAUCAGAACCAUGCCUGACCAGUGGUUCUCUGCCAAACCUGAAGUUCCCUACACCUACCUGUCGCAGAACCCCUGGGCCUGCUUCUGUAAGGUGGAUUACCUGAAGAAACACCUGGAUGAUCAGGGCUUCAACGUGUACACGAGGGAUGGAAUAAUCAUCACUCCGGACGAAGAGAGUGUUACCUGUGCCACACCUCCCUCCCUGGCCGGCCGACCAAUCGUGGGGCUGGAGGAUGAGGAGUACUGCUCACCUGGUGCCAAACCUGAUGGCCCCCCUGGAGACUCUGAACCUCAACCUACCCCUACACUACCCCCCACCACCACUAUGCCACCAACCACAGGAGCCACAACCACAGUUCCUACUACCUUCCCCACCACUACUACUCCUGCUACCACUACUACUACUGUGGUACCCACUACUCCUGCUACUAUUACUGCUACUGUGGUACCCACUACUCCUGCUACCACUACUACUCCUACUACCACUACUACUCCUACUACCACUACUACUGCUACUACUACUGUGGUACCCACUACUACCACCACAGCUACCCUGAAACCCACCACCCCUCCUCUACAGCCUACCGACCCCACCCACCUGCCCCUCCUGCUGAAUGAGUCAGUCACAUGGUCUUGGUGGGAGAUAGUGACCAUCCUAGUGGAGUGGGAGGAGAGCAGGGCGGGGACAAAGGAGGGGAGGGUCGGGGGAGGAAACAGCUGGGAGCAUCAUGGUCUCUAUAGAGGAUCUUCCAGACUCUCACCACACCCCACCAUGACCACAACCGACACACCUAGGACCCCAUCUCAACCACCUAGGACCCCAUCUCAACCCCCUAGAACCCCAACUAAACCACCUAGGACCCCAACUCAACCCCCUAGAACCCCAACUAAACCACCUAGGACCCCAACUCAACCCCCACUACCUAGAACCCAGACCCUGACCGCCCCAGUGACCACAGUCAGACAGGUUGGAGGUUCAGAUCCCUGGGGGGAUCAGCUGGGACGGGGGGGUGGUAAUGCGGCAGGAGGUAGAGCUGUGUUCUGCUGGUGGCUGUUUGCAGGGUGUGUUUUGUUGUGUGUUCUGUCUGGGGGGUGGGUGUGUGUGAGCGGCCUAUGGCUAUGGAGGAUGUAUAGGACUGUCUAUAGGCCUCUACUGAACAGGGGAGGGGUGGGGGAGGCAGGGGAGUCCGGCUGCUCAGCUCUGUCCCAGUGUAGGGUGACCUUUACGAUCCUGUCAGCUCUGUCCCAGUGUAGGGUGACCUUUACCAUCCUGUCAGCUCUGUGCCAGUGUAGGGUGACCUUUACCAUCCUGUCAGCUCUGUCCCAGUGUAGGGUGACCUUUACCAUCCUGUCAGCUCUGUCCCAGUGUAGGGUGACCUUUACCAUCCUGUCAGCUCUGUCCCAGUGUAGGGUGACCUUUACCAUCCUGUCAGCUCUGUCCCAGUGUAGGGUGACCUUUACCAUCCUGUCAGCUCUGUCCCAGUGUAGGGUGACCUUUACCAUCCUGUCAGCUCUGUCCCAGUGUAGGGUGACCUUUGCCAUCCUGUCAGCUCUGUCCCAGUGUAGGGUGACCUUUACCAUCCUGUCAGCUCUGUCCCAGUGUAGGGUGACCUUUACCAUCCUGUCAGCUCUGUCCCAGUGUAGGGUGACCUUUACCAUCCUGUCAGCUCUGUCCCAGUGUAGGGUGACCUUUACGAUCCUGUCAGCUCUGUCCCAGUGUAGGGUGACCUUUACCAUCCUGUCAGCUCUGUCCCAGUGUAGGGUGACCUUUACCAUCCUGUCAGCUCUGUGCCAGUGUAGAGUGACCUUUACCAUCCUGGGGGCCCUCUCUGAUGAACUGACCCUGAUCACAGGGGGGCCCUCUGAUGAACUGACCCUGAUCACAGGGGCCCUCUCUGAUGAACUGACUCUAAUCACAGGGGGGCCCUCUCUGAUGAACUGA